CACUGAGCUGGAAGCAGUGCCACCACGUGACCACUGUAGCGAGGGCCUGCUGUUUGUUCAGCCAGAGAGGCAGAGAAGAAGAAAAAUGGCGGCUCUGAGUGAACCUAAACGGGACGCCGGGCUCACAUUUUGAGCUUUCACACCCGAAAACACGCGGGGGCUUCACGGGGUUACUGCACCGUCUGAAUCCCAGCAGAGCCAGCUUCGUGGAGGUGUCGCUUUCGCUCGGGUCCGCGCGGGCUAAACAACCGCAAGCAUCGGGAUUGUAAAAUAAGUCUUCGCCUAUCAUGAGAGGGAAAAGAGGCAGGCCGCCCAAACCGCUGCCAGCCGCGGAGCCCUCCGCUCCGACGGCCAGGGGCUUACGACCCAGGAGGAAUCUGAAGCCCAGGGCGAGGGACAGCGGGGAGGAAGACGUGGAGAGUCCCACAAGGGAAACUACCAAGCCGGGCAGAAAGAGGAAAGGGGGAUCCGUCACGUCAACACGGGGCAGGGGACGAGGCAGAGGCGGCGGCAGAGGAGGAAGAGGAGGAAGAAGAGGGGGAAGGCGGACGGCUACGUCCAAAACAGUGGUGUACGACGACCACGAGAGUGAGGAGGACGACGAUGCUGUCAGUUUGAGGUCGGAGGAGGACGACUUUAUUGAGGAGGAACCCCAGUCCGAAGAGGACGAGGCCCUGAAAGAGGACUCUGACUGCCUUGAUGAUGGUGAUGAUGUGCUGGACGAAGAGGAGGAGGAGGAGGAGGAUGAUGGUGCCAGCUACUGUACAGAGAGCAGCUUUCGGAGUCAGAGCACACACGCCAGCACUCCGGGGAAGAAAAAAGCACGGGCUCCCCGACCUCGCACACCCAUCCUGGAGGAGAAGGAGAUACCCGCUCUUGAGCUUCCAGAGACCUCUGAGGAUCUCCUGGUGCCUAAUGAGGAGCUGCUCAACGCCACCUCCAUCUACGAGGUGCUAAGGAACUUCAGCACGGUGCUGCGUCUCUCCCCUUUCCGUUUUGAGGACUUCUGUGCAGCACUGGUAGGCCAGGAGCAGUGCACUUUAAUAGCAGAGACCCAUAUUUCCCUGUUGAAGGCCAUCCUACGUGAGGAGGACUCCUCCAACACUACCUUUGGCCCUGCUGACCUCAAGGACAGCGCAAACUCCACUCUGUACUUUAUUGAUGGCAUGACAUGGCCUGAGGUAUUGCGGGCAUACUGCGAGAGCGACCGGGAGUACCAUCAUGUCCUGCCAUACCAGGAGGUGGAUGAGUAUCCCUAUGGUCCACUUGAUAGUAAGAUCAAGGUACUACAGUUCUUGGUGGAUCAGUUUCUCACUACCAACAUUGCUCGUGAAGAGCUGAUGUCUGACGGCGUUAUGCAGUAUGACGACCACUGCCGCGUGUGUCACCGCCUUGGUGACCUGCUGUGCUGUGAGACCUGCUCAGCGGUCUACCACCUGGAGUGUGUGAAACCGCCACUGGAGGAGGUUCCAGAGGACGAGUGGCAGUGUGAGAUUUGUGUUGCACACAAGGUGCCCGGUGUCACAGACUCUGUGACAGAGGCACAGAAGAACAGGCCUUAUAUCCGCCAGGAGCCCAUUGGAUAUGACCGCCACCAGCGGAAAUACUGGUUCCUAAACAGAAGGAUUAUUGUUGAGGAAGAUGGGGAGCAUGAGAAGAAAAAGAUCUGGUACUAUAGCACCAAGGCACAGCUGGAAGAGCUCCUGGAGUGCCUGGAUAAGGGGUACUGGGAGAUGGACCUCUAUGCCACUCUGGAGGAAAUGAAGGAGGAAGUGCAAGCUCACAUGGACAUCACAGAAGAUCUUACCAACAAAGCCCGUGGCAACAAUAAAGCCUACCUCACUGCUGUCAACGAUGUGAUCCUGGAACGUAUGAAGGUCAUGCGGGAGAGACAGGAAGCAAAGAGGCGAGCUGAAGAGGCAAAGCAGGAAGCAGAAACAGGCUCUGUUAAGACAGCCGAAGACCCUGCCAGGUUCACUUCACAGCUUGACAACGGACAGCACAAAGACACUGAGGCCAAGGAAGAAGCUAGUUCACAAGCAGCAGCAGCGGUUCCCCCAGCUGCAGAGGAGAGCUGCGUGUCUGAUCCUAACCCCGGCUCAGCCACCCAGGACGCAGCCGUACCUAAAACGGAAUCCCUUGAAUCAAACAAGGAAACGCAGCCUGCCCAGGAGAGCGGGGAGUCCCCUCCAGUGGCAAAGCAGGAAAGGACAGAUGAGGACAUUAAAGCAGAGUCUGGCAGUGAAGACCCACAUCCUAAUGACACGCAAGCACAAACCCAAGAUCAGCUGCAGCCAUCAUCUCAGCCCGAGUCGAGUAGUGGCAGCAGCCAGGUUUCUGGAUGUGGGAGACUCAGGAAACCAGAGCAGCCUGACCUGGCCGAUAGGUCAUCCCAGUCCUCUUUUACCAGCCAGGAUGGGACAGAGGAAUAUAACGAAAGGGUGAAGAAUGAUAGAGGGACAGCAGCACGGGACUCUAAUAACCAAACGCCCAGAGGCAGCAAAGAGUCAUCUCCCGCACACUCUGACGGUGAAGCUUCGCGUCUCAGCUUCUUUAAAAGGGACCUUGCGGUGAAUUUGAACAACUUGUUCAAAUUGGGUCAGGAAGGUAAAUACAGGGUCUACCACAACCAGUACAGCACCAAUGUCCUGGCCCUCAACAAACAUCAGCACCGUGAGGACCAUGACAAGAGACGCCACCUCUCCCACAAGUUCAGCUUAACUCCCGCCUCCGAGUUCAAGUGGAAUGGCUCCAUCUAUGGUUCACGGAGCCUGACUGUCUCCACCUUGCGUCUCACCAUCAUCCAGCUGGAGACCAAUGUCCCUGCACCAUUUAUGCACCCUAACUGGGCAUCACACAGGACCAACUGGAACAAAGCAGUGCAGAUGUGCAGCAAGGCCAGAGAAUUUGCUCUGGCCUUGGCCAUACUGGAGUGUGCCAUCAAACCAGUGGUUAUGCUGCCUGUUUGGAAAGAUUCUCUUGGACACACAAGGCUACAUCGCAUGACCUCCAUGGAGAGGGAGGAGAAAGAGAAAGUGAAAAAGCGAGAGAAAAAACUGGAGGACGAGGAAACACUGCAGCAAGCCACUUGGGUCAAAUACACCAUCCCCAUCAAACACCAGGUAUGGAAGCAGAAAGGGGAGGAGUACAGAGUGACUGGGUAUGGUGGCUGGAACUGGGUCAGUAAGACCCACGUGCCACGUUUUGUUCCAAAGCUACCAGGAAACACAAACGUAAACUACCGCAAAGAACUGGAGGCUAAAAUGAGCAAGGAAAAAGCAGCAGCUUGCACAAAUAAGCAGAAAACGUUGCCGGAAAAAGAGCAGACUACUACAAACACAGUGGAUGAGGACAAGGAGCAAGCAUCCAUUAAUGAGUCAUCUCAGAGCAUUUCAUCAGAGGACGGACAGACCUCAAAGGAGGAAGUCAAACCCGCAGAGGAGGAGCGGGAAAAGAAUGUGGAAGAGAAGAGAGAAGAUGAAAAAAUGGAGGUUGACCCCUGCCCAGAAACUGCUGCUUCAAGUGACGAAAAAGAGAAAGUUGAGAACAAAAGCCCUUCCUCGCCUGCUGUGCAACCUGUGAGGGAAGAGCCAAUCCAGAAAGUCGAGCAACCCAAGAAGGAGGAGACUGCUGCUUCGAAGCCUUACUACGACGUUGUGAAUGUCAGCGAGAGCUUCCAGUUGCGAACAGCUUACAAGAAGAAGGUAAAGCCCUCCAAAUUGGACGGGCUCUUGGAGCGCCGGGUAAAACAGUUUACUUUGGAGGAGAAGCAGAGACUAGAGCGGAUGAGACAGGCGGCCCUGCAGUCAAAAAUGGCUGCCACAAAACCUCCUUCUGGGGUUAAAACUGAAGGAUCCACCAUAGCCAAACAGCAGCCUGCUGUGACCCCAUGUGUUAAAGUAGAGGAGAAGGAGGAGGGCAAACCAGUUAAAGAUCAUGUGGUUAAAAAGCUUGACUUUGAGGAGGAGCAGAUGGAGGUAAAAACAGACAACAUGGAUAUCAAAUCAGACUCCACAGCACCCAAUAACAGCAAGCAGACAGAGGUAAAUCCUGUGCAGGGGAAUGGUGGGGAGGCCCCAACCCACAAAGAAGUGAACGGAGGACCCUUAGCAAACACUGAGCUCAACAGUAAAAACAAUUGUAUAUCAGAGGCAAUAGAGAAAACACAGAAGCCAGAGGUGGCUCGAGUGGGAGAGAAUGCUAAGAAACGUGGGUAUGAGGAAGUUGAGCAAGGCAGUGGACAGAACAACACAGAGAGCAUGGAGGUAGACCAAACCAAGACCAAUUCGGUGCAGGUGAAUGGGGAAACUGUGGCCACUGCUCCUGCAGACUCAAACUCAGUCCAAGGUGAUAUCAAGGAGCCUCUGGUGAAUGGAAACCUCUCCCAGAAUGAUGUCUCCAACAUGGGUCAUCCACCUCCCCUGAAAGUCCCAAAAUUAGAGAACCAUGUGGCAGAGAAAGGAGAUUCUCUCAGUGCAGUAAGCAAUAAGAAUCAGGAUGUUCCCCUGGACAAGCUUCCAUCUUCGAGCCCUUCUUCUCUGAAUAGCAAUAGUACUGACAAUUGCAGUGGUAGCGAAAUUGUGAAGACUUCCACACAAGCAGUUGUCACGACUAAUACCACCACAGACAUUAGUAAGGCUGCUGUGAUGUCUCAAGCAGCAAGUAGCGCAGUCUCCUCUAUUACCACUUCCACUUCCUCCAUUACCCAACCCAGCUCCUUGGCACCAGGGGCAGCUGUUUCCCAGAAGACCAAACCCAACACCACAGCAGAUGCCAAGAUGGGCAGCCCUGGUUCAACAACAACCACUUCCAUGACGAUUAGCAAAGAGUAUUCUACCAGAGACCGAGUCAGCCUUCUCAGAUUCUCCAAAUCCAAGAAGGCGCGGUCAGGAACAGCCCUGCCGUCCUACCGCAAGUUUGUCACCAAGAGCAGCAAGAAGAGCAUCUUCAUCCUGCCAAAUGAUGACCUGAAGAGGCUAGCGAGGAGAGCAGGCAUCAGAGAAGUGCCUAUCUUCAACUACAAUGCCAAGCCAGCCCCGGAUAUAUGGCCCUACCCUUCACCUCGGCCCACGUUUGGGAUCACAUGGAGGUACCGUCUCCAGACUGUGAGAUCAUUGGCAGGGGUCAGCUUGAUGCUGAGGCUGCUGUGGGCCUGUCUGAGGUGGGACGACAUGGCUGUGAAACCCUCUGCUGCUGUUGGGACAACUCGGAAAGAAACUACGGACACAGACAUCAUCACAACAGAGAUUAUAAAACGAAAAGAUGUGGGGCCUUAUGGCAUCCGCUCAGAAUACUGCAUCAGGAAGAUUAUCUGUCCCCUCGGAAACAGAGACACCCCCAAAGAAACCCCCACUCCACAGAGGAAAGGCCUGCGCUCAAGCGCCUUGAGGCCUAAGAAACAGGAGCCAGCCAAGCUGACUGGGCCUAUCGCUGUGGAAACAUGGGUUCCUGAAGAGGAACUGGAGCUGUGGGAGAUCAGGGCCUUUGCAGAAAGAGUGGAGAGGGAGAAGUCACAGGGUAUAGAUCCUUCCAAGACUGGCAGUACUCUAAAAACGGCAGAGGAGGUCAAGGCACAUUUGGAGAAUCAGCUGAAACAGGCUCGAUUGGCUGCCCAGCAGAAACGCCUGGAGCAGCAGAGACCAAGUACAACUGCCACCACUUCCACAGCAACAACCACCACCACCUCAGCCAGCACUCCCAUUACCCCAACGCCCACAGGCCCCAGGACAGGUCAGGUCACAUCUGGAACCAAAAUGGUCCUGGCCUCCAAACUGGGCUCUCCAGUCUCCUUCCAGCAAGACAAGAACUUCCAUCAGUCGUUUGCUUCCUGGGUCAAGCAGGGUCAGAACAACAACAGCUCAGGUGUGGUUCAACAGAAAGUCCUGGGCAUUUUCCCCUCUGGGCCUCCUGCAAACCUGAGGACAUACAGCACACUACAUCCUACGACAGGCAACAUGAACCUCAGAGCCACCAACUCUGCCUCAACUACUCAGCAACAGGCCAUCAAAACAGGAGGCCAAACACAGCCUGGCACGACGGUGAACCAGUCAUCUACCCUGUCUACCUCUGUGGGCACAACAAUGGUUAGAAGUCCAGCGUUGGCUCAGCAAGGCCAACCUCAGCAGGCUUUGACCCAGAUGGGCCGUGUCCAGCCUGGAUCCACAGCUGUGCCAGGUUCUACACCUGUGCAGACAACUGCAGGUCAGAGAGCAGCGGGUCCCGCAUCAUCCCCUUCCGCAGCCACCUCGGCUUCUGGACAGUCACCUGUAGCUUCCUCCCAGACCAACAGACCACAGCAGGGUCAAGUCAAACUCACUAUGGCACAGCUCAUGCAGUUAACACAAGGCGCUCAGGGAGGUAAUCCAGGUCUGACGGUGGUGAUCCAGGGUCAGGGCCAAACCCAGGGCCAGUUGCAAAUCAUCCCACAGGGUGUAACAGUCAUCCCUGGCCCUGGUCAGCAGCUAAUGCAGGCAGCCAUGCCCAAUGGCCAGGUCCAGCGCUUCCUCUUCACUCCCAUGCCCCCAUCCUCAUCAGCGUCAACUUCAGCCCCCACCACUGUGACCCCUCAAACCCAAAUGUCAACUCCAGUUCAAGCCAGAGCCCCUGCACAAGUCCAGACGACUCCUUCAGUCUUAGCCCAGGCCCAAAUGGCAGCCCCUCUACCCACCCCAGCACAUGUUCCAGCCUCAACACAAAUGCCAAGUUUGGCCCCUACCCCAGCCUCGAUCCUUGUGCCUACCCCAGCACAGGUUGCAGCCCAGGUCUCAAUGCAAACACAAGUUUCCACCGCUACCCCUUCAUCUGUACUGCCGCAAGUUGCAGCCCAUGCAUCAUUCUCCACACCAGCCUCUGUCCCAACACAACCUCAAGUUGCAAGAUCCAUGCCUGCACCAGCACUAAAUGCAGGCCCAGCCAUGGCCCAAACCCAAGUCCCCACUCUUACCACAGGCUCAUUCCCUACACAAACCCAAACUGCAGUGUCACUACCUGUUGUAGGACAAGUUGCACCCCAAUCCCAGGUCCAGACACAUGGCUUCAGUCCUGCCCCUGUCCAGAUGCAUGUUACUGCUCCUGCCCCUGCUUUAGCACCCAUCUCAGUCAAGGCUGCUGCCCAAGUUGCUGCUACAGCGGCUACUCACUCGGCCCAAAUACCUGUUUCUGCCUCUCUCCCCUCACCUGUCCCAGUUCCAACCCCUGCUCUUGCUCCCGUCUCCACUCCUGUCAUCGCUGUUGUGUCCACCCAAAUUGCUGUCCCCUCCCCAGCCAAAGCUCUAACCCAAAUCCAAGCUACAGCUCCCGUUCCCCUUCAUGCUGCUGUGGCCAAUGCUGUUGUCACACCAGUCACAGCCACCUCUACAACACCUUCAGUGCCAGCUCUGACAGAGCGGAGGGCAGCUCAGCCCCAGGUUUGGACCCCGGCCUCAUCUCAAGCCCAGACUCCGGUUCAACCAGCCCAGCAGGCUGCAGCACCCGUGCAGCCACCUCCCCUGGCUACUGUACCUGCCUCCACCCCUGCAUCAGUCUCCACACAUUCACCUGUUACCCCUCUGCCUCAAGCAUCUCUUCCUUCACAAUCUCAAGCACAAGUCCAGCACCCUGCCGUUGUAUCCAUGCAGCAGGUGACUCAAAUACCAGUCUCGGCAGUGCAGGUUCAUAUGAAGGGGUUACCAGUCUCUUCUGUUGUUACUACUGUGAGACCCACCCAACCUCAGCUCCAGCCCCAAGCCCAUACUCAACUUCAACCCCAACCUCAAGCCCAAAUCCGUGCACAGAUUCAGGUCCAACCUCAUGGCCAAGUCCAACAAAUGCAGCAUCUCCAGGCCCAAGCACAAGCCCAAAUCCACCCCCAGGUCCGAGUUCAGUUUCAGCCACAAACUCAGCAACUACCCCAAGCCCAAGUACAACCACUUGCUCAAAUUCGACCUCAGGUGCAGUUUCAGUCCCAAAACCAAACCUUGCCCCAGGCCCAGGUCCAGACGCCAGCCCAGACCCAGCUCCAGUCAAGGGUCCAACCUCAGUACCACUCACAGGUACAGGUUCCACUUCAAACACAGGCGCAAACCCAACCCCAGGCUCAGCAACAGCCUCAGGUCCAACCACAACCCCAGGUUCAGUCGCAGCCUCAGGUUCAGACUCAGGCCCAAAAUCAGCUCCAGCCCCAGAUCCAAACCCAACUCCAUCCCCAGGUUCAGGUCCAGUUCCAGCAACAGAACCAGAUUCACCCUCAACCUCAGGCCCCGCAGCAAGCCCAAGUCCAAACCCAGCCCCAGUUACAAGUCCAGUCACAGCAGCCCACCCAGGUUCAGCAACAGCUUCAGGUCCAAGGCCAACCCCAAGUCCAAGCUAAGCUCCAAGUUCAGUUCCAGCCUCAGAACCAAACUCAAGUUCAAGCGCAGCCUCAGCUUCAGGUCCAGUCUCCAAUCAGGCAUCAGCUCAUCACUGUUCCAGGGCUCCAACAACCAGUCCAGCUCCUCUCAGCCCUGCCACCACACGUUGCAGCCCAGAUCCAAGCCCAGAUCCAGGCACAGGCACAGCAGCAGGGUGGCACAGUUCCCCAGCAGAUCAAACUACAGCUGCCUAUCCAGAUCCAGCAGACAGGGGGGCAAAUUCAGGCCCACCAGAUCCAGAACAUGGUGACCAUACAGGCACCGGCAAGUGUGCAGGAGCAGCUCCAGAGGAUGCAGCAGCUCAGAGACCAGCAGCAGCAGCAACAGCAACAACAACAACCAAAGAAGAAGAAGACUCAUGAGGCUAAAAGGGAACAGAAAGAGCUGAAUCAGCAGGCUGUUAGCCCUGGGGAUGGCAUCCAGAAACAGGCGGUAGUGAAGCAGAACGCUACAGCAGAACAGCUGAAACAGAGGAAGACCCUGGCUGCGGCUGAGCGAGAGGAGAACCAGAGAAUGAUUGUGUGCAACCAGGUGAUGAAGUUCAUUCUCGACAAGAUUGAGAAGGACGAGAAGCAGGCAGCUAAGAAGAGAAAGAAGGAGGAGGUGGUGGAGCAGAAACGCUCCAAGCAGAAUGCCACCAAGCUGACUGCGCUGCUGUACAAGCACAAAGAGCAGCUGAAGGCUGAGAUCCUGAAGAAGAGGGCUCUGCUGGACAAGGAGCUGCAGCUGCAAGUGCAGGAGGAGCUGAGGCGGGACAUAGCCAGGCUACAGAAAGAAAAGGAGAAAGCCCGAGCUGCUAUCGCCCAGGCAGCCGCAGCAACUGUCAAGGCAGCCUCCCAUUCUUCCCACUCUUCCCACUCCUCCCAUUCUUCUCACACUACUCAUUCCUCUCACAGUACCCACACAGUGACCUCACCCUCCUCAUCCCAUAAACGCAAGAGGGAAGAGGAGCGAGACAAAGACAGAAACCGAGACAGGGACAGGCAUCAUGACAAGGACAAGAAACGGGACAGAGACAGGGAUAGGGACAGGGACAGAUAUAGAGACAGAGACAAAGACCGAGAUCGGGAUCGAGAGAGGGAGAGAGACCGAGAGCGGGAUAGACAUCGGGACAGGGACAGAGACAAGGACAAGGACAGAGAUAGGGACAGAGACAAAGACAGAGAUCCCAGCUCAUCAAAACACAAGAAGAAGAAGAAGCUCUCCUCUACCUCAAAGGAUCACAAGAAGGACACCAAAUUGUACUGUAUCUGCAAAACAGCCUACGACGAGUCAAAGUUUUACAUAGGGUGUGACCUGUGCUCCAACUGGUUCCAUGGCGCAUGCGUUGGCAUUACAGAGAAGGAGGCUAAGAAGUUAGAGGACUUUGUGUGCAAUGACUGUAAACGUGGCCAAGAGGGAGGAAGCAAUGAAGAGCUGUACUGCAUCUGCCGGACACCAUACGACGAAUCGCAGUUUUACAUCGGCUGCGACCGCUGCCAGAACUGGUACCACGGCCGCUGCGUGGGCAUCCUGCAGAGUGAAGCCAAUCACAUCGACGUGUACGUGUGCCCGCAGUGUCAGUCGACAGAAGACGCCAUGACAGUCCUCACGCCGCUGACUGACAAAGACUAUGAGGGGUUGAAAAGAAUAUUACGGUCGUUACAGUCUCACAAAAUGGCAUGGCCUUUCCUUGAACCAGUGGAUCCCCAUGAUGCACCUGAUUAUUAUCGCGUGAUCAAGGAGCCAAUGGACUUUUCAACAAUGGAAAGCCGUUUGCAAAAGCGACAUUACCACAAGCUCACAGAGUUUGUGGCCGACGUGACCAAAAUCUUUGACAACUGCCGCUACUACAACCCCAAUGACACGCCCUUCUUUCAGUGUGCCGAGGUGCUUGAAGGCUUCUUUGUACAGAAGCUGAAAUGUUUCAAAGCGAGCAGAUUGUCAGAUUCUUAAAUGGGCCAGUCUAGCUGGAGUCUGGACUGGAUGCAGGGGUCUCUAGUAAUAAUGGCAUGGAAACUUUGUUUCAAAAACCACAAAAAUAUCCAUUACUAAGGAAAAAAUAACACAAGAACACACACUCAAACACCAAAUGUGCUUUCAUGCAAAUGCCACCAAUUGAAAGUUUUGAGUUACCAACUAUAAUUAGGAUAUUCUGUAAUAAUCAGAAAAUAGCAGCCAUGUUGACAUUAGUUGAUUGUGUAAUUGAGGGACAUGCUUUCUUUUCAUCAUUUCACCAAAUCAGGAUAUUAGCCUUAAUUAACAAUCCAUCACUGUCGUUUCAUUGUUUUCAAUGGGAUUUUAAAUGCAUUUUAGUUCUUAAUUUGUAUUUAUUUUCUGAUGUACAUCUAAAUUGGAUUGAAUAAUGUGUUGACCUUACCAGUUAUAGAAAUAUACAAAGCUGCAUAUUUUAUUAUAGAGAAAUAUUUAUGAGAGGUUUUGUAUGUUCCUUCCCCUUGAGUUUGAUUUAGCUGGUUGUUACAGUGACUUUUUUGAAUGUACAUACUUUUUAUCAUGUACAGUGGUUGUAAGAUAUAUCUGACUGUAAGUGAAUGUUUGGAUGUUUUAAAUAAUUAUGAAACAAAUCAUUUUAGAUAGUAUUAUUUUAUAAGACUAAAAUGUACUACAACAAGUGAGGAAUUUGACCUAAAACCUCAUCAUAUUCCUCACUUCACAAAAUAACCUCAGUUUGUAGUUGUGGAAGAUCUCUUCAGUAAUAAAGGCAUUUUACACCAACAUGGCUGCAGGAUCAUCCGCUGACCCCUUUGCAUCCUUUGUGUCUUUGUGAUCAUUGUCAAGAUGUCACGACAAUAAACUAAAAAAAAUGCAAAGGGCUCUCAACUUUCCCCUCUCUCCGCAUUCUGUAGGUCUCAUAACAACAAGCUACAGUCUUCUUCAGCCUCUUAGAAAGCAUCGCACAUUGCUGAUAUGCUGAAACAAAAUGCACUUGCCAAGAAUAUGGCUUUUCUGAACUGUAACUCUGUGACGGACUCUGCCUCAUCCUGUGUUUGGGAUCUGCUCCUCUGACUGUCUGUGCAAUCAGCUCUGCUGCUUCCACAGAACUGUCCAGGCAGAGCUGCCUGCUUCCCGUUUCAGCUGUAAGGGACCUUUUUGGACCUGUCUUCAUCAGUGGGACUGUAAUGAGGAGCGUGAACAAUUGAGGCAUUUCAGAAGAAAGUUUACCUCGGAGAAAAGACUCUUUAAGGAGCUCUCAUAUUUCCAUGUACUUUAUUUUUGAUCACAGUCUUUUUACUUUUUCUUUCCUGUUUAAAAUCCCCGAGGCCAUCCUUGUGGUUAUCAUGUCCAAUGAGAAAUAUGAAAUUAAAUACUGACAUACAAUGGCUGAGUUUUACUGAGCAUAAUGUAUCAAAAGUUUUGUGUCUAAAUUCAGAUAUCACAGCAGAACAACUUUUUCUCUCCCAUUUCCACUCAUUGUUUAGUCUGAAGUGGCAUGAAAAGACAGUUGUACUAAAUAUCUGGACAUCAGUAGUCUGCUUGGUUAAACUUGUAUAACCUACUUAAAGUACGGUAAUAAGCUAUUGUAACUGAGAUGCUCUGCAGUAGUGACUGACUGAGAUGGAUGAAGUGAUGUAUUUGAAGGUUCCUGCCCUGUUUGUAAAAAUCUGUCAGAUUUUGACUUGAUUUCUUUUUCUUUUUUUGUAUUACAGCUGAAGAAAUAUUGAUGUAUAUGGAACUUAAUAAAAUGCUAAAGACUGA